GUGGGUCAGACACAGCAGCAACCUCCGCAGCAGCAGCAGCAGCAGCAGCAGCAGCAGCAGCAGCAGCAGCAGUGAGAGCAGCAACGACUGCAGCAGCGAUGAGGACGCAUCCUGCUUCUCCUCAGCAGCGGAAGCUAAAAGCUCUCUUCAGCAGCAAACCGAAACAGACACCCGGCCUGCAGCAGCAGCAGCAGCAGCUGCUGCUGCUGCUGCUGCUCCUGCUGCUGCUGCUGCAAGUUCAACAAAAGCAGAUUCGUCGUUGGCUGCAGUGUCUCGGCCUUCACAGGAAGGCAAAAAAGGCAGCAGCAGCAGCAGCAGCAGCAGCAGCAGCAGCAGCGCCAGUAACGCCAGCAGCGAUAGCAGCAGCAGCAGCAGCAGCAGCAACAGCAGCAGCAGCAGCAGCAGCAGCAGCAGCGGCACUCCUUAUGUAGAUUUCUCACACCCUUGCAGCGUCCUCUUCUCGUUUCUGCUGCCAACGCUGCGGGGCCUUCAUCCCCCCGCUCCUGCUGCUACAACAGGCGAAGCAGCAGCAGCAGCAGCAGCAGCAGCAGCAGGACGAACAGCAGCAGAAGCAGCAGCAGCAGCAGCAGAAGCAGAAGCAGUUGCAGCUUGGAGGCGUUUUGCUUUUCUCUUCUGGCUGGUGGUUGCACCCCUAGACAGCCAGAGGAGGCCCCUCACCCCGGCAGUGUUUAUUAACAACGAGGCUGUAGCAGCACACCGCAAGGCCAGGCCCUCUGCAGCAGCAGCAGGAGGUGCAGCAGCAGCAGCUGGUGUAUCGUAUGAAACUGUGCAGGUAGGGCAGCUUCGUGCUGCUGCUGCUGCUGCUGCUGCUGCUGCUGCAGCUGCUGCUGCUGGUGCUGGUGGUCCUGCUGGUGCUGGUGCUGCUUCUGCUCCUGCUGCUGCUAGUGCAGGCGCUGCUGGAGGACCGCCUACUACUGGAGUGGAUGGUGCAGCGCCAGCAGCAGCAGCAGCAGCAGCAGCAACUGCUGCUGCUGCUGCUGCUGCUGCCGGGGGGGCCAAAGGAGCCCCUCAGCCUGCAGCCCGCUGCGGCCGCUCUGGGCGGGUGCUACAACAGGCGAAGCAGCAGCAGCAGCAGCAGCAGCAGCAGCAGGAGCAGGACGAACAGCAGCAGAAGCAGCAGCAGCAGCAGCAGAAGCAGAAGCAGUUGCAGCUUGGAAGCGUUUUGCUUUUCUCUUCUGGCUGGUGGUUGCCCCCCUAG